GAUCUGAAAUACAAUUCUUCCUCUUUAUCCAACUUUAUAUAACUAUUUUCUUUCUUCAUUCUUUCAUUUCCUUUUUACGUCAAGGGAAGCCAAUAGCCAUGGCCUUCAAGGUUGCUUGGUUUAUUGGGUUAUGUUCUCUUCUUCUUGGCUAUGGAGUCAAUGUUGAAGCCUCUCACAAUGUUUUCUUACACCUUCAAUCUUUUCAGAAUACUACAGCAACCCUUCAGCCUUAUAGAACUGCCUACCAUUUCCAACCGGCCAAAAACUGGAUCAAUGAUCCUAAUGGGCCAAUGAUUUAUAAGGGAAUCUAUCAUCUCCUCUACCAGUACAAUCCAAAUGGUUCAGUUUGGGGUAACAUAGUAUGGGCACACGCCACUUCGACUGAUCUCGUCAAUUGGGUUCACCAUGAACCUGCAAUCAAACCCUCCAUAGAAUCAGAUAUUAAUGGAUGUUGGUCUGGUUCAACUACAAUCCUACCAGGGGACAAACCUGCUGUUCUCUACACUGGUAUAGACCCACAAAAAAACCAAGUCCAGAAUUUAGCAUUUCCCAAGAAUCUCUCUGAUCCAUUCCUGGUAGAAUGGACUAAACCACCCCAAAAUCCUGUUAUGACUCCCAUUGAUGGGAUCAAUGCAAGUUCAUUCAGGGAUCCCACCACUGCUUGGACAGGUCCUGAUGGGGAAUGGAGGGUGAUCAUAGGAAGCAAGAUUGAUCGCGAAGGGAAGGCAAUUAUGUAUAAGAGCAAGGAUUUCAUUAAGUGGGAAAGAGUCGACCACCCACUCUAUUCAGCCAAGAAAACAGGAAUGUGGGAGUGCCCGGAUUUCUUCCCUGUCUCUGUAAACAGUGAAGAUGGUCUUGACACAUCUGCAACUGGUCCUCAUGUUAAGCAUGUUUUUAAGGUGAGCUUGGAUGAUACCAGACAUGAAUACUACACAAUUGGUACUUACAAUCUGAAGAAGGAUAAGUAUGUUCCAAACAAAGGUUUCAUCGACAGCGAUUCAGGCCUGAGAUAUGAUUAUGGAAAAUUUUACGCUUCGAAGACAUUCUUUGAUAACUCUAAGAACAGAAGGAUACUGUGGGGUUGGAUUAAUGAAUCAACAACCCCACAUGCUGAUGUCAAGAAAGGAUGGUCUGGAGUUCAGGCAAUUCCUAGGAAAAUUUGGCUCCAUGCUUCUGGGAAGCAACUGGUUCAAUGGCCAGUGGAAGAAAUCGAGAAAUUACGCGAAAAACAAGUUAAUUUGCAAACUACAUAUCUGAAGAAAGGAUCAGUAGUUGAAGUUUCUGGUGUCACUGGCUCACAAGCCGAUGUGGAUGUUUCUUUUGACUUGACAAAAAUAUUGAAGAAUGCUGAGAAGAUGGACCCAAGUUGGGAUAGUCCACAACUACUUUGUAGCCAAAAAGGGGCUUCGGUUGAAGGAAGUUUUGGACCAUUUGGAUUGCUAGUUUUGGCUAGUAAAGGCUUGAAAGAACAAACAGCAAUAUUUUUCAGGGUAUUCAAAGAUCAGAAGAAAUAUGUGGUGCUCAUGUGCAGUGACCAAAGCAGGUCAUCCUUGGGGAAACAACUGGAUGAAACCACGUAUGGAGCUUUUCUAGAUUUGGAUCCUCUUCAAGAACAACUAUCACUAAGAAGCUUGAUUGAUCACUCCAUCGUCGAGAGUUUUGGUGGUGAUGGAAGGGUUUGUAUCACAUCUAGGGUUUACCCGAAGAAGGCGAUAUAUGAAAAGGCACAUCUGUAUGUAUUUAACAACGGAACAGAGGAUAUAAAAAUCUCAAAAUUAAGUGCUUGGAGCAUGAAGAAAGCUGAAAUUGCCAAUUAAAAGGAGGUCAAGCAAAAAAAAAAAAAAAAAAAAAAGAGAGAGAGAGAAAGAGGAGGAUAUCUUCAUUCCAUGAGUCACCACUCUACUAACAAGCAGUUUGCACUUUGGAGCAACUAUCAUUUAAAUUUUCUGUAAUAAUAAUGAAAAUUUGUCAAUAUUGUUUAAUUUCAAUUAGGGUUUUCAUUAUUUGAAGCCAAUUGUAUUUGUCUGAUUGCCCAGACCGUUCUAAUAAAUUUUCUUUAAUAAA